CCCCCACGCAGUCAGCCUCUAUACUACAUUAACCUGCCAUCCCACUCCAGAGAAAGACAGAGAGCGAUAUACUCCUGACAGAAACAGCCUUUGGAUUAAAGACAAAAAAAAGUUGCUUCUCUCCUUGCUGUAUAUCAGUCAGUCACCACAUGGAUUCCAUCCCCGCCAAGUUCGAUGACCUGCCUGACCGACGGCGAUUCUGGCCGGCGAAGGCAGGUUCUGAAGAUGAGGGGCUGGGAAUGCUUCGCAUCCUCUCGCCGCAGAUCGUCGCAGACGCAGCUCGGACGCAGAUUCAGACGGGAGAACGGGUGUGUCUGAACUGGACGCUGGACAAGCUCCAUCCCCCGGGAUUCGGUCGGAAGGCCUUUGAACACCGCAUCAAAUGGGUUAGCCCCGGGGUUGCGUUUGAUGAUGAAUACCACUUCAACCCGCAACAGUCGUCGCAGUGGGAUGGACUUCGACACCACACGCAGCCGGCGCCUACCGCGGAGGAUCCGACACGCCGGGUGUUCUACGGGGGCACGACGGCGGAGGAGAUCCAGGACCCGAACUCGGCACGGAUCGGGAUCGGACACUGGGCGCGCAAGGGGAUUGCAGGCCGCGGCGUGCUGAUCGACUACCUGUCGUGGGCGGAGCGCAAGGGGAUCACAUUCAGCGCGCUGGAACAGCACCGGAUCUCGCUGGACGUGGUGUUGGAGAUUGCGCGCGAGUGUCGGGUCGAGUUUCAACCGGGCGACAUCUUCUUCCUGCGCGUCGGCCUGCCCAAGACCUGGGACGGGAUGUCGGCGGCGCAGAAACAGGCGUACAGUGAACAAGAGUGCCCCAAGCAUGCGGGUAUCGAGCAGAGCGAGCGCGUCCUCCGCUUCAUCUGGGACAACCACUUCGCCGCCGUCGCCUCCGACGCCGUCAGCUUCGAGGUCUACCCGCCUCUCGACCCGGAGUGGGAUCUCCACCACCACCUGCUUGCUGGCUGGGGCUUGCCCAUAGGCGAGAUGUUUGAUCUCGACGAGCUGGCCCAGCUGUGCCAGAAGCUGGACCGCUGGACUUUCUUCAUCUCCAGCAGCCCGUUGAACUAUGCCCAGGGGGUCUCCAGCCCUCCAAACUGCAUGGCUAUUUUUUAAGCCCCGGCUGUAAGCUGAAAUCCUCCAGAUAGGGAUA